AUGUUCAAGGUAGAUUCUGAUUCCGGGAGCUCUUUGCGAGGGAGACGGGUUGAUUUACGCGAAGGUCUAUCACCUAGAAGCAUCGCUGUUGAUGGUCAACAACAACAACAACAACACUCAUCUCAAUCGAAUGACACAACAGCUAUCAGGCAAGAAAACAAUGUUCCGAGUAUAAGAGAAGAGAUUCUACAAAACGAGGCAGAUUUUUUGUCUACACAUACCACUGGCUGGAUCCAUGGCUUUAAAGUACCCUAUUCAUUAGUCAGAUACUACAAAUCGGAAGAAAAAUCAACAAAGAUUGAAUUGGACGCAAGCAAUCGAGAGUUUCAGUAUUUGUUCCACCCCAAGUUUCACCUAAACGAGAUUGAACAUUCGGGGUUUGGAAGAAAAUCGUCCGACGCUUCAAUUAUCGAAGAGGAAGAAACCACUUCAACAAAAAAUUACGACAGACUCAUUGCCCCCGACGUCAAGAUUGAUGCCUUUCUAGGGUACCUCUCAAUUCCCAAGAUAUUUUUCAAUGUCCCAAAUAGGGUGCGAAAGAAUAAGCGUCAUUUAAAACUCAUGUCGGACGUGCCGCAAAUAUGUUAUCAAACAUCGUUUGCUCUCGGGGAUAUGACUUAUGUCUUUGGUGGAUUAUUCGUUUCAAAAUACACCGGCUUUGAGCACUUGGGUUUACCCGAAAAUAUUGAUCUCAACAAGAUUUCCGUUCACUUUCCUUACAAAGUGCCUCCCUUUCUCGAUUCAAAACUAUUGACUAGUCCCUUUUUACACAAACAUACUACGUUUUUCCAAUUCAACUCGAUAAAGAACACCGUGACAGAUUUGGAUACAUCCAAUACAACAGAUUUCCCGGGUAAUUUUUUGUCCAUGGUUGCCACACAAAUUACUCCAAAACAUUUCUUUUUUUAUGGUGGCUUUGAUAUUGAAACCGAGUAUGUUCGCUAUGAAAGCAGUAUCGAUAGGUGGCUAAUCCUGAAGAAGAUCGUAAUGAACAAGGACGGCUAUAUCUUGGAUACAACUAAUUUCAAAUUCAAAAAAAUCAAGUUGGAGCUGAACAAUCCUUCGUUUCAAUUGGGGAGAAUUGGGAUGGGUUUAUGUUCGAAUAUAUACGAUCCCCUGCAUAAGGAUAGAAGUCGGGCUUCGUCUGAUGUAAAAGCAGCAAAUAUUGGAGGAGGAGGAGGAGGAGGAGGAGGAGGAGGAGGAGGUGGUGGAGGUGGAAAUUGGCCUUAUGAUGCUCAAAGAGCAAACCUGCUGUCACAUAAAUCUGGUGAUUGCUCUACUACAAAAUCCAGUCAAACGACAGCUUCGGAUCUUGGUUCGACUUCUCCAAUUACGCGUCAAAACACGAGAAGAUCGAGAUCUUCUAAGGAAAAGGACUCGCCUACUCCGAGGAGUAUCAUAAAGGAAACCGAACAAUCUCUGGAAGACAAUAAGUUGCAGCCUUCACAUUCACAAUCAAAGGAAAUUAAGCAUCACGAAGACCCAACGGCAGUCAGGUCGAUAUCAAGCAAGUAUUCAAAUUUACAAAAAGUGACUACAUCAAAUUCCUUGGACUCUUCAUUAAGUGAGUCAACAGGAAAACAUUCAUCUAGUGGUUCCAUCUCGUCUCCAACUAAUUCAAGUAAGAUGGAAAAGUUUAAAAACAAACUACAAAAAUCAAAUUUGAAAAACACUUAUUCUCAAAGUGUGAGAGAUCACAGGUCCAAUUCCGUUAAUAAUAGUUCUGGCACAAGUAGUAGAGCCGUGUCUCCAGUGUUGAUGAGUGCAAGUACACCUUCUAUUGGUGGUCCCAGCACGACAUCUGUUCAAGCUACUUCCUUUUCUUCAUCUUCUACUAAUGUAGCGGCACCACCGCCACCAUCAACCGCCGCCGCCGCCGCAGCGGCAACUGGAACUGGAACUACAGCAUCUGCAGCAUCUGCAGCAGGAUCCGGAUCCGGAUUGGGAUUGGGAGCGGGGUCUUUUUUGAGAGCAGGUGCCACCAGGGUUUCUCUGAUUAUUACAGGAGGAGAUUCAUAUGUAUCACCAACAUCCACUGCUCCCAGACGUGUCACACCCUUACUUCACCUUCACACUGGCUAUGGUAAUAAUAACAAUAAUCGCGCAAGAAACCUGGAAACUGGUGUUGAACGGAGCAGUGACUCCCCAUCAACUUUUUUGAAUCGCAAUUCUCCCAACCAGUACAGUAGCAGCAGCACAACGCCGCCAUCCUAUGUAAGGCAGGAUAAAGAUAAAGAUAUCAUUGAAUUUGAAAGAGCUGAAGUGGAAAAGAAGAAAGAACCUUCUUCAAACAAGAAAGACCAGGAACAGCAUCUUUAUCAAGUUCUCGAAUCAGAUUCAAGCUACACUGAUGCUGACGAGGACAUGUUUCAUCAAACAGGUAGUAAAGGGAGAACAGCAAAUGCAAAUAUUUUGUUUAACGACGCUCUCACCAACAUAUCAGUUUUUGUUUUUGGUGGGUUUUACUUGAACGAGGUGGAAAUCACUGCAGAUGCUGAUGGACAAUUGCUUCAAAAAUUUGUAGCCAGUGAUGACCUAUUGAAGAUUGAUCUACCAACCAAAGACGAUCGUUCAACAUCACUUUCGGAUGUAUGCUUUUUAACUAGUACAUUAGUUACCAAGAUUGGUUCAGAUCCUAAAACUUGUGAUAUUGUUUUAGAAUCGAACGGAGUUUGGCCCAGUCCCCGAGGCUACUUUGCUUCUUGUAUGAUUGAUUAUUCUAGAGGUAUUGAUGAGAAAUGUGCUUUGGACCUUUCCAAGUUUGAACAAACUCCUGCGCACGCGGAUUAUUUGAGAUGCGCUGUUUCCAUUGAUGAUGGUGCUACUACUACUACUACUACUACUAGUGGUGGUGGUGGUGCUGGUGGUGGUAGCAUGAUGAAUUCGGUCAAAACAACAGGGUACAAGGCGGGCGGCUCAUAUUCGGGACGUACAUCAAUGGUCAUGUCCGAGGAAGAGCAAUCACAAGUUCAAUGUUACUUUGGUAGACGAAACUUAAUAGUACAAGGAGGCUGUGAUGAAAACAACAACUUCUUUGGAGACUUUUAUAAGUUUGUGUUUGAUACUUGUACUUGGGAGAAAAUGACAACUUAUGUGUAUGACUAUUAUGAAAAACCAUUAGCACCUGGAGAAGAUGAUGACAGUUCGUGGUACAGAAAGGGCAAAGAAGUGGAACACCCCGAGUUGAAGGAAGCAGAAUUAAGAUCAUGCCAUCAUACUUGUUUAUAUUACCAGAACGAAGAGCGAGACUAUUUGUUUUUUGUUGGUGGCGUAUCCAAUGAUUAUCUAAGAUAUUUUGACAAAGUGCCAUAUGAUUCUGGGAAAUUCGAUAUUUCCAGGUUGAGCAGGUUGCCAUUAGCAACAAAUAAUCCUAAUCUUAUGAGAAUAGCCGUGUUUAGUCUUCAAACUCAAACAUGGAGAUUCAUGAGGUAUUUUUAUGAUGCAAACCAUGCAAUAACAGACUCUUAUUUUGAGAGGCUAGAAGGAAGAGAAUGCUUUAUGAAUGCAAGAAUUUCACAUUUGGCGGGUAGUACAAGUUUGAAUGGUAAAACAAUUACAUUAGCUCAAGGGUUAGUGGUUAUUGCACCCGAAAAGAAAAAGUUUUUGCGAGAAAUACAAUCUGAGCUACCUACAGAUGAGAUAUUAUGGGGCGGUCACAUUCAGUUAACCUUUGCUGGUCUAUAG